AUGGCACAAAAGCGGCCCUUUAACGAAGGCAAGAGGCAUUUCAAGAAGAACAAGAAGCAAAAGUCCAGCACAGGCGUGAGCGAGGGUUCGAAUGAGGAAGUGCUGUUGGCGGAUGUGCGUCGACUACUACAGGAUGUCAAGAUCGCCAAUGGCAGCACCAAGGAGGAACAGGCAGAAAAGGAGCUUCCGGAGCAAUGGACGGAAAUCGACCUCGAUAUCACCGAAAUCUCCUCUACUGGCGAUGGUCUGGCACAGAAGAAUGGCCAAGUAUACGUCGUUCCCUUCACCGCUCCUGGCGACACCGUUACAGCCAAAGUCGUCAGGCAUGUCCUCGAGGAUUCUUACACUCUUACGGAUUUUCUUGCGGUCAAAACUCCCUCUAAACAUCGCACGGAAAUACCACCUUGUCCUUACUUCUCGCAAUGCUCGGGUUGUCAAUUCCAGCAUUUACCUUAUUCAUACCAACUAGCGCAUAAGCGGGAAAUAGUCGAGAAGGCUUAUACGAAUUUCUCGGGUUUGCCAGCUGCAGCUGUGCCUGUUGUGGGGGAUACGAUCGGGUCGCCGUUGCAGUAUGGAUACCGGACGAAGCUGACGCCGCAUUUUGAUGGGCCGCCGAUGGCGAGGAAGGAUCGAAGGGCUGGGGUCAAGGCGAUUUGGCCGGGGGUGCCGCCUAUUGGGUUUAUGAAGAAGGGGACGAGGAAGACGAUGGAUAUUGAGGAUUGUCCUAUUGGGACUGAGGCGGUGAGGUUGGGCAUGAAGAGGGAGAGGAGGAGGGUUGGGGAGGAGAUUGAGAAGUUUCAGAGGGGUGCGACACUUUUGCUUAGGGAGAGUACGGAGAGGGUGGCUAAAGAAGGAGGGGUAGAAGGAGUGAAGAGUGGGAAGGUGGAGGGGGAGGAUGUGGUGGGGGAGGAUGGGGGGGAGUUUGUGCAUAAGAAGACGUGUAUUACGGACUCCAAGGCUACGUCGACAGAGUAUGUGGAUGAGUUCCGCUUUGAUAACCCGGCUGGAUCUUUCUUUCAGAAUAAUAAUAGUAUACUACCGCUGGUCACACAGUACAUUCGGGACAACAUCCUCGCGCCUCCAACACCAGACGACUCCACCGGCACGCAGAGCCAGCCGAAGAUCACUAAGAUGAUAGAUGCUUACUGCGGCUCGGGCUUCUUCACAGUAGCACUCUCGCAAACCUUCACCAACAGCAUAGGCAUCGACAUUUCACCCCAAUCCAUCACUUCCGCCACCCACAACGCCGAGCUCAACAACCUCCCCUCAGACAGCACGACCUUCAUCUCCUCCGACGCCAACGCCCUCUUCGCCGCAAUCGACACGGCCAACUUCCCGCCAGCAGAAACAGUAGUCGUGAUCGAUCCGCCACGAAAAGGCUGCGAUCAAGGGUUCAUCAGACAGUUACUAAAAUACGGACCGGCCAGGAUAUGCUAUGUGAGCUGCAACGUACACACGCAGGCGAGGGAUGUCGGAUGGCUGGUUGCGGGUCUGGAAGCAGAGGGUGAAGGCGAGGAUGAGAGGGCGAUGAAGGGGUUGUAUGAGAUUGAGAGUUUGAGGGGGUUUGAUUUUUUCCCGCAGACGGGGCAUGUGGAGGGUGUGGCUGUUUUGAGGCGAAAGGGAGCCGAAGGUGGUGUUGUGGAGGAGAAGUCCACCGCUGGCGAAGUCCAGGCUGUUGCUCCUCCUACUCAUUGCAUCGAAGCAACCGAUGCAGGGAAAGCCUCGUGA